AUGACCAGCAAAGACCCGCCUCCGGUCAAAGGCCUGCAGGUGACGCCGCUCACGCAGUGUGCCCAUUGGCACUCGCCACGGGAUAUCAUCGCGAUCCGGCACAGGUGCUGCGGCGACUACUAUGCCUGCAUCAGCUGCCACGAGGCGCUGGCCGGGCACGAGCCCCAGGUCUGGCCGAAGGCGGAACGCGACAGCGCCAAGGCCGUCCUGUGCGGGAGCUGCUGCCACGAGCUGACGGUUGCCGAGUACCUGGCGUGCGAUAACGCCUGCCCGCGCUGUGGUGCUGCGUUCAACCCCGGAUGUUCCAAGCACUACGACCUCUAUUUUGAGACGUAG